AUGGGUGCCUAUAAGUAUAUGCAAGAAAUAUGGCGCAAGAAGCAAAGUGACACCGUGAGAUACCUUCAACGUAUCCGCACUUGGCAUUAUCGUCAAUUGACCAGAAUCCACCGUGCCCCACGACCAACCCGACCAGAGAAGGCUCGUCGUCUCGGAUACAAGGCUAAGGAAGGUAGGAUAAUAUUAUUGUUCUUACUGUUUUAGGCUUGAUUUUUUUCUGGAAUUGACGAAUUUUUGGGUAAAAGGAGAAAUUUUAAAAGUUGUAUUUUUAUCUUUAUUAAUUUUUUGAGACAGUAAAAUAUGUUUUAUACGUGAUAAAUGUGUCCCAACCUAAUUUUUUAAAGGUUUAGCUUAAUGAUGUGCUGAACGAUGUAGCUUUAAAAUUAAGGUUUGGGUUUAUUUCACUUUUUUGACUUUCUUAGGCUGUUUAACUUCUUAUUCUAUGAAUUACAGGUUACGUGAUCUACCGUGUCCGCGUCCGCAGAGGAGGCCGUAAGCGCAAGGUUACCAAGGGUCAAACCUAUGGUAAGCCAAAGACCCAUGGAGUAAACGAGCUCAAAUUCGCCCGUAACUUGCAAUCUGUUGCUGAAGUAAGUUUUUUGUGUUUAUUUUUUACUUUUAGACGUUUUGGGUUACGAGAUUGAUUAACCUUACCGGUUCGGUCAGAUACAAUUCAUGAAAGUAAAUUUACUUUAAGAUUUAACCGUCUGACUUUAAUUAUUUUAACUUAAAUCUUUGCAGGAACGUGUUGGUCGUCUGUGCGGUGGUCUCCGUGUCUUGAACUCGUACUGGAUUGCUGAAGACUCGGUCUUCAAAUACUACGAAGUCAUUCUGAUCGACCCCUUCAACACCGUCAUCCGCAAGAACCCCGACACCCAAUGGAUCACCAAGGGCGUGCACAAACACCGUGAAUUGCGUGGUCUCACAUCAGCUGGCCGCAAGAGCCGUGGUUUGGGCAAAGGUCUAUCCUACAACAAGACCAUUGGUGGAUCUCGUCGUGCCGCCUGGAAGAGGAACAACACCUUCAUCGUUCGCCGCAAACGUUAA